AGACGAAUCACUGCAGACUCGAGUCUCUCAUAAGCAGUAAAAGUUGUAUUGAAAAGUGAAUCUUUACAUAAAAACAUUUGAUACCGCCUUCUUAUUGUUAUUAUUGUCAGCUUUUUUACUUCUCUCUUAAAUUUUGAAGAAAAUAUAAAACUUUACUAGUUAGCGAAGUUGAGAGCUGAUUCUAAUUUAAAAGUGUCAUAAAUUUCAUUUGAUACAACUUUAAAAAUGUCAUCGGACAAUGAUGAAGUGGAAGUCAGCCCAAAACGAGAACGUAAAUAUUCAAGUUCAUCAACAGAUAGUGAAUAUGUCGAUCUUGAAGCUGAUUCUUUUGAUAAUUUGGAUGAAUAUGAACAUAAUCCUUCGAGAUUGCAUAGAAAGAUGUCUCAGCAAACAUUUGUACCUAUCAGUGAAAGAGAGGCAUGGAAGGACGUUGUACCCAUUGAGCAAGACGAUGGACCUAAUCCUAUUGUAGCUAUUGCUUAUUCAGCUAAAUUCAAAGAAACACAUGAUUAUUUUAGAGCUAUAGUGAAAGCUAAAGAAAAAUCAGAAAGAGCUCUCAAUUUGACAGCCGAAUGUAUAUGGCUGAAUGCAGCAAAUUACACAGUAUGGCAGUAUCGUAGAGAUAUACUCAAAGAACUUGGAAUCGAUCUCAAAGAUGAACUAAUAUUCAUUGAAGUGAUGAUAAGAUGCAAUUUCAAAAAUUAUCAAGUUUGGCACCACAGAAAAGUUAUUAUUGAGUGGAUGAAUGAUCCUAGUGAAGAACUUGAAUUUACAGCAGCUAUUUUGGAAAAAGAUGAUAAAAAUUACCAUGCUUGGCAACAUCGCCAAUGGGCCAUAUCAUUUUUCAAUUUGUUUGACAAUGAGUUGGAGUAUGCUGAGCAUUUGAUUGAAAAAGACAUCAGAAAUAAUUCAGCUUGGAAUCAAAGAUAUUAUGUUGUAAGCAAUACCACUAAGUUUGAAUCUGAUGUUUUGGAGCGAGAAGUUAAUUAUGCACUUGAUAAAAUUUUAGAAGCCCCAUCUAAUGAAAGUUCUUGGAAUUACUUGAGAGGAAUAAUGAUGCAUGACAAAGAUGGAGGUAUGGGUUACAAUCGAUCCAUUCUAAAAAAGUGUGAAGAAUUGUAUAAUAACAAUUGCCGAUCUCCUCAUUUAUUGAGUUGUAUUAUUGAUAUAAGUCAAGAAAGAAUUUCGUGCAAUGAACCAAAAGAUUCUUUAUUUCACACAGACAAAGCAUUAGAACUAUGCACUGAUUUAGAGGAAAAAUAUGAUAAAAUACGUAAAAAAUAUUGGAAAUACAUUAGUCAAAAGAUAUCUGAAAAAGUUAAAUCGACUGCUUAAUCUAUUUUAAAGACUGUUGUAAAUGUUUUAUACAAUUAUUGAGAAUAUAAAUGUAUUCUCAAUGUACUUAUACAUUUUAUUUACACUUUGUUGGAAAUAUUUUCAUACAAAAAUCUAGAAUAAAUUUUGCCUAGAACAAAUUAUACAAACUUUUUCCUGUAUGUUUUAAAAAGGUUCAAUAUUAAAUGUAAAUAUGAAAAAAGGCAAAAAUCAUCUAUUAGAUUAUAUAAUCAUUCUACAAAUCAUUGUACCACAUAAAGAAGCAUUAUUUUCUUGAUAUUUUGUAUAUGAUCGACCAAUUUUGGUGACAAAUAAUUAUCUUGAGGAGAACCAAAGCCACGGUUGAGAUGAAAAUUUUACACCAUCAGUUUGUUAUAUAUCGUUGAAGUGUAGAGCACUAUUGUACAUACAUCAAGAGUAUAGCAAUUUAUUUCUGAUCUAAUGAAUGGAUUAUUUGGAAAAGUAUAAUAGCUUUUUAUAAAAGUUUUUAUCGUAAAAAAAAAUAAAAACGUGUAAUAUCCAAAUGAUGUCUAUAAAAUUAAUAUUAAUCACGGUGUAAAAGUCAUCACUUUAAUAUAAAGAAACCAAAAACUAAAAACAAAUUAAGUAAAUCAAUGGAACAAAAUUUAUUUUCAAAAAUAUUUCAUGUCAGAUUGUUUCUUAAGUCACUUACCUGUUAUAUUCUAUUGUUAUAAGAGGGCACUAAUUUUUAAUGUCAUAAACAAUCAAACAACUGAAAUCCAAUUAUCUAUUUUCUUUUAUUACGAAAUAGUUACAUACUCCCAUUAAUAGUACAAUACCAUAUUUCCGUAGGCUGGGAUGAUGAUCAAAUAAUUUUUAUAAACUUAAUCGCUAUAUACAAUGAUUAUUAAAAUAAUUGUAAUGGACGCGAUAAAAUCAAAUUGAGAAAUUCAACAAGAUUGAUAAAGGGAAUGAAAGUUACCUAAUUAUCGUAACUUUAUAUCAUCUGUUUAUCUUUAAAUUAAAUUGAUAAUUUGUUUAUUUUCGCAAAAUUAAAAAUUUAAUUACGUGAAGGCAGUGGCGAGUAAGCAUCGCUUGACUUGAGCCAAAAAUAAAAAUGAACGAAUUGCACAAUUUUGUUCAAACAUUUUUAAGACUUAAAGAGAACAACUCAUUAUAAGGCAGUAAAAUUGAAUUCACUCGGCUUUGAGCUUGCCACGCAAAGUCAUCGACGUUCAGAGCGUAUCGCAGAAUAAUUCAUUGAACGUAAAUUUUAAUGGAUCGCCAAAAGACAUAUCGUUAAAGACUAUUUUUCGAAAUUCUCAAUCUGCCGUCAUCAUAUUUAUUUUUACAAUCAUAUAGAUCAAUUUUCAUACUGGCUCUAGCAUCGCGGUGCUGCUAGCAAAUACAGCCUUUCUUUUUGUGUAUAUUAAAGUGAGCGAUCGAACUGUGCAGCUCAAACUUAUACAAGAUGAUAUGAAAUUUCAAAGCUGGUUUAACAUGUAACUCCAAGUUGUAGUUUUAUUCAUUGUUAAAUAUGUAUAUAUUUUAUUUAUAUGAGAAAUUAUCUGUAAGAAACUAGUAAAAAAAUUUUUUUUUACCAAGUAUAUAAUUUUCAUUUACAACGCUCGUUACAUUUUUUUGGUACUGUUAUAACAUUAAACAUAAAUUUAUAAUUUCUCAUAAUUUAAUCCACGAGUUAUGGAAAUCUGGAGGCUAACUUUAUAUUUUUUUCUUUGAUUUCUUUAUCAAUAUAUCAUAUUUUAGCGAGUCAUAAUAUUAUUUCCAACACUUAACAAUCAACAUUCACACGUUUAUUUAAAUUUAUACUUUAGCUCAUCUUUUGUCGUUAAUGGAUACAAAUAAUUUGUAUAAUAAACAACGCACGCAAAAAAAUAUUUUGGUGAAAUAAUCAAGAGACAAUAAACGGUAAUAAUGUUGUCAACCGUUCGAAGAUUACAAAUGCAAAAUUCAGUUUCAAUUUUCUGUGCAUAACAGCUUGGCUGUCGAGCGAUGAGGAAUAAAAAAAAAUCUUGAUGUUUAAUUUCACUGACCAUGUCAAAACUCAUUUUAUAAAAGUUGCUGUUGAGCUUUAGACGAACCCUUUCGUAAAAUCUUGAGAUACGUAUUUAUUUAAUAUGGACAUGUACAUAUUUUAUGUGUUAAAUUUACAGUGAAAAUAUUUCAUCGUCGUACAGUAUAUUCUAUCAUUCUUUAUAUUCUUUAUUAUUAUAUUUUUGUUUAAUUUCAUGAAUUUUUAAAUAAUUUAUUUUUUAAUAAGAUGUUACAACUAUAAAAAUUAAUUUCAAUUCAUACUCAUAUAAUAUUAGCAUUUAUAUUGACUUAUUUUAUAUAUUAAAAUGUCAAUUAUAAUUUCUAAAUAAAGAAUUAACCAAACUUACAUAAAAAUAUUUGUUCAAGUCAUAAUUGAUAACUUGCUUGAGAAAUUAAAUUAAAAUAUUCAAAUUAACAAUUUCUUUGGACGCAUAUAUCAGAUCAGAAGUUCUUAUUCUCUCAUUUUCCUUUUGAUCUUGCCGAUGCCAAUAGAUAUCAACUAUUGUUUUACAGUAAGUUUGUACCAUUUACUUCAAACUCUUAUUAUUUAAUUUACAAUUGGACCAUCGUCAGCUAGAGUCGAUACAGCUUGUUCGUAAUGAGAUUUUAAAAGCGAUGUUGAAUCAGUCGCGUAAGUUUGCCACGCAAAAUGAUCGCAAUCUGUUCAAUUACUUUGAAUUAGAGAGAUACGAGAGAUUUCAGAAGAUUUUCGAAACAGAAACUCUUAUCGUUCCGAAGAAAUCGAUACAUAUAAUUUUAAAAUCAAUACAUAAGCAUAUAGUCAAUCAUAUAUUCUGAGACAUAGAGACACAGAUAACCCAUUAACAACUAUAUAGUUCUAAAGAGAAGAUUUUAAAGUUACAUAGAAUCUCUUUGGACUUGUUCGUACAGAUCUAUGAUAAAUUUUAUAGAUAAAAGUCAAGUAUAGAUUUUAUUUAUUAAUAUUUAGUUGAUUUUUUGAAAGUGUUCAAUUCGAGCGCCGCGACGAGCGCGAAUUUGUGAUAUUUAUUUAAUUUUAAGUUAAAUGCAUGUUACAUAUAAUGUCUGAUUUAUGUUUCUCUCACACAUUAUUUACUAUUAACAUCAAAGACAUGCGGUAGUGAUAGAAGUUUCACGAGAUGACGUUCUUCAUCUCAUUCGCUUAUUUUUAUAAUAUAAAACUUAAACUUGUACUUUUUCAAAUAAUGAAAAAACCAUUGAUAAUUUAAGCACUCUCUGCACACAUAUCGCUCCAAAUUCAACAAGCAGUCUACGCUGCUUUUUUUUAAAUUCACAUAAUUUCAAGACUAUAAAUAAUAUUUAUCAUUCGAAUGUAGGUAUCAAAAAUUAUUCAAAUCGCGUAUAGGAUAAUGGAUUAAAAAGGCGACUGCAAAAGAAAUAACUUUUCGGUAUCGGAUUUUCGUUGUACCAUUUGAAUUUUUCAAUCGA